CUUUCUUCUCUCUCUCUUGAUCCAUCUGUUUCCAUAAAAGAGAUCAUGAAGCAGCCACAGACAUGUGACACCAUCUUAGCCCCAUCUAAGUUGGGUCUGGACAAGUAUUCACACACAAUAUCCAAAACAAAGCCAAAGAUACGCAUAAUACACAUAGUUGCACCAGAGAUCAUAAAGACAGAAGUCGAAAAUUUUCGGGAGAUUGUACAAAGACUUACAGGUAAACCUACGACUGCACAAGGAAAAGGGAUUAAUGUUAUCAAGCCAAUGAAGAAAAUGGAAUCAUCAGGAGAUGUGCCUGUAUCACAGAGUAGUGAACACAGAAUGAAGAAGGAAAUCGGUGAAGAAAUAUUAUAUGGAGGACAGAAUUCAAAUGGUGAAGAAAUAUUAUAUGGAGAACAGAAUUCAAAUGGUGAAGAAAUAUUAUAUGGAGAACAGAAUUCAAAUGGGUUUCUGAGUUUUCUUGGAGAUGUGGACUGCUUCAUCAAUAUUCAAGACAUGAAGGAAUUUCAUCUACCCCCAUUUAGAUCAUCUUCUCAAAUGACCUUGUUUGGAGAGAUGCAUAAUUGCUAUUAGAAUCUUGAUUGUGUAUGAUCACAGAUUUUCUUCCUAGAUAUUACAGUAUGAUUUCUUGCUAGUUUGAAUUCAGAAAUCCGUCAGGGAUUUCGAUUUUCUACGUGUUCAUUCAUUCUUUUUAUCUGUUCGUGUGCUUGUAAUUGAUUUCUUUAAUUUUCAAUACAAUCUUGUAAUGCAGCUCCAAAAGCGGCAAAGAAGGCUGGACGGUUCUUUCGCUUUUCAAGCUCGGCGAACUGAAACACCAAAGUAGAUAUAGACCUUGCAGUACUGGUAAUGGUUCAUUUUAGUUGACUGUUCAGUACCGCACCUCGACGAGCACGGAAUUUUCUAUCUUGGCAUCUCAUUGCUUAGUAAUUCAGAGCGUGGAGACAUUCGACGCUGGGACGACUCAAACCAACAGUACUCAGGGAGUUCCUAAUCCUAUUUAUUUUUAGUUGACGCUAUUUCUUUAUUUUAGAAUUACAUCAAUUAAUUCGUUGUGUGCUGGCAAUUUGAUAAUAUUGCCUUCAAUCUAUUUGAUUGUAUUUCACGAACUAAAUUCCAUUGAUGUGUACUAGCCCUUUGAUAAUACUGCCUUAAACCUAUUCGAUUAUAUUUCACGA